UUCGGCGCCCUUUGAUGUCGGAGUCCUCGCCUAGUCUUGGGCUCAAAUGAGCUGUUUGCUGUUGUAGGGAAACAUUAGUUCUCUACCAACCAACCAGCCGGGGGACGCCACAUCUCAACUUUUUUUUCUGUAUGUGGUGGAUGUUUCUGCACUUUGGAGGCGCCCCAGACUGAGGAGAUUUAACAGAAAAAGUCCCUUGAUUCUUUUCUUUAUUUAUACUCUUUCUUUUUUUUUUGUUAUUAUUUUAUUUUUUUUAAAGUGUAUAAUCUCGCAGGGGUGGGGGAGAAGUAGACAUGCCUCAGCUCAGCAGCGGCGGCGGGGACGACCUGGGAGCGAAUGAUGAGAUGAUAGCGUUCAAAGACGAAGGGGAGCAAGAGGAGAAAAUCCAAGAAAACGCGUUCACGGAGAGAGACCUGGCCGACCUCAAGUCCUCCCUGGUGAACGAGUCGGAAAUAAAUCAAAGUCCGAACGCAGCGGCGGUCAGACGGGCGCAGCAGGGCGAGCACAGGGGCUUCCCGGAGAAACACCGGGAGCAUCUCGACGUGGUGUCGAAGCACCAAGAUGGAGGCAUGUACAAGACGCCGGCAUAUCCGGGGUAUCCGUUCCUGAUGCUGCCUGACCCCUACCUCCCCAACAGUUCGGUUUCUCCAUCUUCCAACAAAGUUUCGGUGGUGCAGCAGUCUCACGGGAUGCACCCGCUGACAUCCCUCCUGCCCUACAGCAACGAGCACUUCAGCCCGAGUCCUCCACACCUGCCCACAGACAUGAGCCAGAAGACCGGCGUUCACAGGCACCAGUCCCAGGACCUCUCGGGGUACUACUCCCUCCCUCCAGGCGGCGUCGGACAGAUCACUCCCUCCAUGGGCUGGCAGAGCCAGCCAGUCUAUCCUGCCCUGUCCCCCUGUGGAUUCAGGCAGCCCUACUCCUCCAACCUCUCCAGCGCCUCCUCCUACUCCAGGUACCAUAGCCGGCUGGUCGGACCAAGCCAGACGGAGCCAAGAAAGUUCCCUCACUCUCUGAUGCUGGGCCCAUCAGGCAUGCAUCCUACAGGGAUCCCCCACCCAGCCAUAGUGCCCCCUUCAGGCAAACAAGAUCAUGAACAGUAUGACAGGGGCAUGAAGCCACAUGUGGAGGCCAAGCGGGAGAAGGAGCCCAAGAAGCCGGUCAUCAAGAAACCCCUGAAUGCCUUCAUGCUCUACAUGAAGGAGAUGAGGGCAAAGGUCAUCGCAGAGUGCACAUUAAAGGAGAGCGCCGCCAUCAACCAGAUUCUGGGUCGAAGGUGGCAUGCACUGACCCGAGAGGAGCAGGCCAAGUACUACGAGUUGGCCAGGAAAGAGAGACAACUCCACAUGCAGCUCUACCCGACCUGGUCUGCCAGGGACAACUACGAGGCGGGCCUUAGCGGGGUCGCAGGGGAAAAGAGUAAAGCUGAUUGGGGCAAGAAGAAGAGGAGAAAAAGGGAGAAGUUGCAGGACUCCAAUACAGACCCGGGCUCUCCUAAGAAAUGCCGGGCUCGCUUUGGCCUCAACCAACAAACGGACUGGUGCGGUCCUUGCAGGAGGAAAAAGAAGUGCAUUCGCUACCUUCAAGGAGGAGGCUGCCCCAGCCCAACUUCUUCAGAUCUAAGUGCUAUAGACUCUCCCCCCUCCCCUUCCCUUGCCCGCCACCGUCUGUACCAGCACCAGCACCCCCCCUCCCCGGGCUGCUCCCCACCGCCCACCUCCCCAUCAACACGCCUCCCCUUGUCUCCGCCAACACACGCACGCUCACACACACGCUUACCCCUGCAGCAGUCUGCCGACAAGCGCAGCGACCUCCGUCAGCCCGCAACCAAACACAUCCACACACACCUGGAACUGUCCGGUAAGCAGACACACAGCUCGACGACGGCGCUGUCGGCCGCCAAGGCUGCAGGACUUUCUCUCAAAGUGCUAACAGAGACUCAGUGAUCGCUCCGGUCCGCUCACCUCCCUGACCCCGUUCAUCUCAGCUUCCUCCAGAGCCAUGAAGAUCAUCUUCCUCACAUUUAUCUAUACCAUGUGGUCCAUUCUGUUUGAUGAAAAAGUAAUAGGAGUGACUGAGGGUGGCAAGGUGAUGAAGGGGGACGCAUCCUUCAGUCCCUGGUGACAGCCAGCAUCCGCCCUGCUAGAUUACAGCAGAGUAAGCUACUAGCGGUGUCUCAGUUCAGAGGCUGGAUACUCUAAAGUCUGCGUUUAUAGACCAAAUACGUCAUUAUUGAGGCCUAUUCCUUGUCAAAAUCUCUUUCAAAUGGUCAAUUCUUUAAUCAAGCAUUCAGGUAAUCCAAGUCAACCUGGAUUACAUAACCACGUCAUAUUUGGCAGAUAUGUGGUUCAGGUGGUCACCAAUCACUGGUAAAUUGUUACCAGUCUAGACAUGUUAAUAAGGUUAGUAUUUACCAUUAAUCUAGUCAUACUGUAAAUUUGGUGAUAAUUAAACUUGUCCCAGUUUGGUAUUUUGUUAUUGUAUGAGAACAACUUCCUGGUCAUGAAUAAUAGAAAUUAUUGUUUUACAAGUUGACAAGGAACACUUGAAUGUAGCAGAGUCUGUGCCUGUGAGGCUGAACUGUAUCAUUAGAAAGAGAUGUUUUUGUCUGGUGGUUCCCCCAAGGAUCCACUUUGAGUCACAUCCAGGAUCCAGCCCCUGAAUCGGUGAUUGAACCCCCACCAGUCACCAAGAGUUCCAGUGUUACAGAGGCAGACCUGUGCUGGAGGCAGAGUUAGUGCUUUGACCUCCAUGACAAUCACCACCAUUGUAUUGUAAAUGAGCUCUUUGUUAAAUGAACCACAUCAACACAGACCUAAAAAUGAGGCACAGAAAUGUUCUAAGAGCUGAUCUGGCAUCAAGUCAGAGCGUUGUUGCAGAAGACUCUUAUUCAGAGGUCACAGUGUUGUUACAUAUACACUAUCCUCCAGAUUUAAGGGUUUACAUAUCACCAUCACAGCUAUCACUCUUACACAUUAUCCACCAUCCGCCACUAUCAGUCAGACCAAACCAGAGGGGAGCAAAGACCAACAACCAGCCAUCCUGACCAGCAGAACCUCAGCUCUAAAGAGGGACAGAUUUACUUUUUCUUAGCUGCCAUUUUGUAAACAGUUCGAUUUGCAUUUCAUUCCAUUUCCAAACAUUUUUAUAAACUACCUGUGCAGCACCUUUGGACAAAGAAAACAUUUUCAGCAGGUAAAAGUUUCAUAAUUAUACAUGACUGAUUAUCCCCAACUUCAAGUUACAUUGUUUCUUUUAGGCACUUUCAGGCUGUCAGUCUCUCGCUAUAUCAACCGUUACAUUUUUGUUCUGUUUUCUCCUAAUUUGUGGUAUUUCUGUAUGAAUCUUAUGUGAUUUUUAAGGACAUGUUUUGCUGGUGGGGAAACCCUCAGAGAAAGAUGAGGGGUUUUUUUAAGUCUCUUGGCUGUUUUCCUUUUGACUGAACUUUUUCAGCUCUGUAAACUUAUCUGAGACCAAAUGGGUACUAUUAUAUUGCAUUGUGUUGUAAAGUUUUAUAAAUGUUGGAAUUCCCUAUUAUAAUUAAAUUUUUCUAUGUUUUUAUGUAAAAAAAAAAAGAGAAAUAACAAAAAAAGAUUUUGUUUCUACCAUUUCUUAAAGCAAUACGUUUUGUGUUUGUCCUCUUGUGCAGAAUUUUACUUUUUAUUUGGUUAAGUGUUACUGCAGCUGCAUUCAGAUGAUAUCUUGUGUUCUCAAUCUGUGCAUGUUCCAACUUAAAUGUAACAAAAAUAAGAUUUUGACUAAAGGCUUUAAUGUACUGUUCUGCUUGCAGCUUCAAACUCAGCUUCCACCGCUGUGGACUAAGUGCAGGCUGAACUUCUGUACAGCAAAACUGUUUUCCUCCAGCAGAGUGAGCUCUUGUGCUAGAAAUAGCUUCUUUUAAUUUUGAAGAUGUUCACGUCAAUAGUGGCAACACCUUGAAGAUGUCUUUUGUAUUUUUUAACGCCUCAAAACGCCUGAUGUAUUACUUGUUUUUGUUUGAUGUAUUAAAGUGUUUUGAAUAUCUUG